CCGGCGGCCUCUCGGAGCUGGAAGGGCCUGGGAGCGGCGCUCGCGCUCGUCCCAGGCCCCGGGGGCUGCGCUGUGGGAGCAGCGCCGGCGGGAGCUAUGGAGCCGGGCCUGGGGGACGCGGCGGGAGAGGGGCGGCCCGCGCCCCGGCCCCGCCGCCGCCGCUCCCUGCGCCGCCUGCUUCACCGCUUCCUGCUGGCGCUGGGCAGCCGCUCUCGCCCUAGGGACUCUCCGCCCCGGCCCCAGCCCCACGCCCAGCCCGGACACUGCGAUGGCGACGGCGAGGGGGGCUUUGCCUGCGCCCCGGGCCCGGCUCCAGCGGCCCCCGGGAGCCCCGGAGCGGAGCGACCCCCCGCGCCCCAGCUCCAGCUCCCCGCGGGCAACGGGGCGCGGCCGCCGGGCGCUCAGGGUUUGAAGAACCACGGUAACACCUGCUUCAUGAACGCCGUGGUGCAGUGCCUCAGCAACACCGAUCUGCUGGCCGAGUUCCUGGCGCUCGGGCGCUACCGGGCGGCGCCGGGCCGCGCCGAGGUCACCCAGCAGCUGGCGGCGCUGGUGCGCGCGCUCUGGACCCGCGAGUACACGCCCCAACUUUCCGCCGAGUUCAAGAAUGCUGUUUCCAAGUAUGGCUCCCAGUUCCAAGGCAAUUCCCAACAUGACGCCCUGGAAUUCCUGCUCUGGUUACUGGACCGUGUCCACGAGGACUUGGAGGGCUCUUCCCGAGGGCUGCUGUUGCCUGAAGCCAGUAAAACCCCUGAGAACCUCCAGUCCUCAUCAGCUCAGCUUUCUCUAGGCCAGAGCUUUGUGCAAAGCCACUUUCAAGCACAAUACAGAUCUUCUUUGACAUGUCCCCACUGCCUGAAACAGAGCAACACCUUUGACCCCUUCCUGUGCGUGUCCCUUCCGAUCCCCUUGCGCCAGACGAGAUUCUUGACCGUCACGUUGGUCUUCCCCUGUAAGAGUCAGCGGUUCCUGCGGGUUGGCCUGGCCGUGCCAAUCCUAAGCACAGUGGCCGCUCUGAGGAAGAUGGCGGCGGAGGAAGGCGGAGUCCCUGCUGAUGAGGUCAUCUUAGUUGAGCUGUAUCCCAACGGAUUCCAGAGGUCUUUCUUUGAUGAAGAGGACUUGAAUACCAUAGCAGAGGGAGACAAUGUGUAUGCCUUCCAAGUCCCUCCAUCUCCCAGCCAGGGGACACUCUCAGCUCAUGCACCCAGUCUGCCAUUGUCCCCGCGCUUGGUGGCCCAAGAGGGUCAGCGAUUCUCCCUGCCUCUCCACAGUGAGAACAAAGUGCUCAUCCUCUUCUGUAACCUGGUGGGCUCAGGCCAGCAGGCCAGCAGGUUUGGACCUCCUUUCCUGAUAAGGGAAGACAGGACCAUUUCCUGGGCCCAGCUCCAGCAGUGUAUCCUCAGUAAGGUCCGCUGUCUCAUGAGGAGUGAUGCCCCUGCCCAGAACCUGGGGUCUCUGUUCUCCAUCCGGGUUGUGGGACUGCCCUUGGCCUGCAGCUACUUGUCCCCACUGGACAGUCGGCCCCUUUGCCACUGGGCAGUGGACAGGGCUUUGCACCUCAGGAGGCCUGGAGGCCCACCCCAUGUCAAGUUGGCUGUGGAGUGGGACUGUGCCACCAAGGAGUGCCUGUUUGGGAGCCUCCAGGAGGAGCAAGUCCCUGACGCAGACAGCGUGUGGCGGCAACAGCAGGCACACCAGCAGCCCAGCUGUACCCUGGAUGAGUGCUUUCAGUUCUACACCAAGGAGGAGCAGUUGGCCCAGGAUGACGCAUGGAAGUGCCCCCACUGCAAAGUCCUCCAGCAGGGUAUGGUGAAGCUGAGUCUGUGGACACUGCCCAACAUCCUCAUCAUCCACCUCAAGAGGUUCUGUCAGGUGGGGGAGAGAAGGAACAAGCUGUCCACACUCAUCAAGUUUCCACUCUCGGGACUCGACAUGGCUCCCCACGUGGCUCAGAGGAGUACCAGCUGCAAGCCGGUGCCAGGUCCCUGGCCCUCCUGGAAGCAGCCAGCCAGCCUGCCCACCUCCUACCCAGUGGACUUCCUGUACGAUUUGUAUGCUGUCUGUAACCACCACGGCAGCCUGCAAGGUGGGCAUUACACAGGUAGAAUAAGCAGAAUAAGAAUAAUGAUCUCUCAAAUAUGUCUAUGUCCUACAUCUCAGGACUGUGAAUACAUUAUCUUACCUGCUUACUGCCGGAACUCUCUGGAUGGCCAGUGGUACAGCUAUGAUGACAGCACAGUGGAGCCCAUUCAGGAAGACGAGGUCAACACCAGAGGGGCAUACAUCCUAUUUUAUCAGAAGCGGAACAGUAUCCCUCCAUGGUCGGCCAGCAGCUCCAUGAGAGGCUCCACCAGCUCCUCCUUGUCUGACCACUGGCUCAUGAGGCUCGGGAGCAACAGCGGCAACAGCACCCGAGGCAGCCUGCUGUCCUGGAGCUCUACCCCCUGCCCCUCACUGGCCCGGGUGCCCGACUCUCCUAUCUCCACAAACAGCCUCUGCCACCAGGAGAAGGGAGGGUUGGAGUCCAGGCCUCUGGUUCGGGGUGCCUGCAGCAGAAGCAUUAGCAUGAAGGUGCCCACCGCAUCCCGAGCCAGCCAGGGGCCCUUUAAGACCAUGCCCCUCCGGUGGUCCUUCGGGCACAGGGAGAAGCGACCUGGUGCAUCUGUGGAGUUGGUGGAGUACCUGGAGUCCAGACGCAGACCUCGUCGAACUACCAGCCAGUCCAUUGUGCCACUGCUGACUGGCUCGGCUGGAGGGGAUGAGAAGUCAGCAUCUCCCAGGUCACAUGGUACCCUUUCUGUUGAAGACAGUGGCCAAGCUAAUGGGAGGGUGCCCCGUCCCUCAGGCCCCCCAGACCACCCCCCGGCCACUGGAAACUCUGAUGUUCUAAACACAACCAGGACACGGAAGGAAAAUGCAAGUCAGGAUAUCCGGCUUCCCAAAAAGUUUGACCUGCCCCUCACUGUGAUGCCCUCCCUUGGGAAUGAGAAGCCAGCCCGCCCAGAGGGCCAGAAGACCUCCAGCUGGAAGGGAAGCCAGAGCAGCCCACCGUCCCCCUCCGUAGGUUUGUCUAGAAACUGUCAGGACAGUGGCCAAGGGACCUUACCCAAGGUGAGGGCUGCAGCGGAGGAGAGGGCCUCCGAGAAGGACAGACUCCCACAAAGCACGUUCACCCUGCUGAGGUCUGUGUUUUGGAAGAAGGAGAGCCGGAAGCCAGACAGGGCCUCCGGCUCCCUGGGGAGUGGCCGGCUGAGCCCUGCUGUGGACAAACAGGCUCCAGGCUCCUCUCCUGCACUCAGGAUUCCCGAGGGCCUGGCCAGAGGCCUGGGCGGCCGCCUCGAGAGGGAUGUCCGGUCUGCGCCCAGCUCGAUCCACCUCCCCCGCAAGGCCAGCAGGUUCCCAAGACCCAGUGCCACCAGCUUCUCACAGAAGAGUGUUCCCGGGGAGCAGACUUCUUAUGGCACCUUGCAGAGGGUGAAAUACCACACUCUUUCCUUAGGGCGCAAGAAAACCCUACCAGAGUCCAGCUUCUGAUGGAGCAUUUCAGUACCGUGUGAAGCUGAGGGGAUGGGAAUUUGCAGGGAGUAGCUGAGGGCAGUCUGUGUUCAGAGUGAAUUUUCAGGACUCCAGUUGUCUUGUAACCUGUGAAAGAAAAAAUGUGUUUGAUCUCUAUAACUGGACUCUGAGCGCCUCCUGUUCAAAUACCGUCCAAAUACUGUACAUACCCUAUUGUAUUGUUGGGUGCUUUGAUAUAGCCUUGCCACUAGAGGGCGAUGUUGGGUCAACAUUACUAUUUCUAGGCACGAACUGAUGAUUUUGUUUAAAUAAGGUCAUGGUCUGAGUGCCUGUGCUAAAUGAAUCCAGUGUCAUGUCAAAUAUUGUCACUGGCUUUUUCUUUUUCUUUCUUUCUUUGUUUUUAAAUGGUGGGCUUACAAGGGAAAUCUUUUCCCUUUAAUGCUUCUGUGCAUAAAUUUAAAAGAUGCCAAAACAAAAACAGAAACAAAUAAUAAAAGAAAAAAAUGAUAGUUAUGGUAAGACAAGGUUCUAGGAGAGAUGGAAGAGAAAUGAUUGCUAUUUUAGGAGAGUAUUUAAUACAUAACAAUGUAACUAUUAGACUUUAACAAGGUAUUUUAAAAAGAUAACUAUUUUGAUACCAGGGGGAAAAAAGGAAGUUUUAACAAAAAAUAUAAGUAAGAAAUCUAUGUGCCAUUUUAAUAAAAUCGCAUCAGUGAAAUGUGCAAAUGGCUGGCUGAGUUACUGAUGUUUGAUAAAUGGCCUUAUUCCUGCUGUGGUUACUUGGCGCACUGCCGUGGCUCUCCAUGAGUAGUUACUUCUUUCUAAAAUUUAAAAGUACUGAUCAUUA